AAAACAUCUAUUGGUAACCAUAACCAGUAGUUUAAGCGCAGACGGCAACCGGCAACCAAUGUAGCGCGGUCUACUCGCGUAAGAACACAGUUCUAUGUUGUUCAAAUAGUUAAAGUAAAUAAGUGUGAUUGUGAAUAAAAUGGCCACUGAGAUAAUAGAUUUUACUAUAAGAAAUGAUAGACAUUUGGGACACCUAUUAUUUCAGGCCUUGAAAACGAAUCCAGAGUCUAUUUGUCAAAUUGAUGUAGCCACAGGCGAGAAAGAGUCGAAAGGGUCUAUGCUGUCCCGGUCUGCACAGCUCGCUAGGAGCCUGAGGAAAUUCGGACUACAACCAAAGGACGUCCUCACUAUAUGUGGGAAGAACCACUUGGAUUUGCACAUUCCCUAUUAUGCAGCACUUUUUAAUGGUCUACCAAUUUGUGGAGUCGACAAUUCGUUUAAGUAUGAUGAGGUGAAAAAUGUCUUAAAGGUAGUCUUACCUAAAAUAGCAUUCUGUGACGGUGACUCCUAUGAACUAUUUAAGCGAGUGGUUAAGGAUUUGAAUUUAGAUACUACAGUUAUCAGAUUUGGGAAUGGAGAAAACAGUAUGAACGAAUUUAUAGACAAAUAUGAUUGUAAUGCAGCUGAAGAAUUUAAAGUAAGAGAUUAUGACGUGGACAAUGUUUAUAUCUGGCUGCCGGCGACCAGUGGAUCCACCGGUGCAGUAAAAGUGGCAGCCAUCAAGCAGGAUCAGAUUUUAGCCAAGACUAAAAUAUACCUGCAAGUAAUGGCUAAAUUAAUUAAAAAUAUACCAAUGUCUCCAGACCAGAUCGUUCUAAACGUAGGCCCUAUACAUUGGUUGACUGGAAUAUAUAACGCACUAUCCCUACCAUUAUUGGGACACUGCAAACUGCAAACAUCUGGACCAGCAAACGCAGAUCAUCUUCUUGAUAUUAUUAACGAAUACAAGCCCGCCAUGUUGCUGACCAGUCCUGCAGUAUUAUCGUCCCUCUUGAAUCACAAAAAGCAUUGUGACUUCAGUUGCUUUAAAGUUCUCUCUAUAAUUGGCUCAAAACUGCGACAGGAAUUAUAUAAUCAAGCUCGUACUAGAUUACCAUCAACAUCGUGCUUAAUUAAUCUAUACGGGCAAACAGAAACUAUCGGACUAGUUUUGUGCUCUGACCCGUUUGGAUCACCAGAAGCUUUCGUAAUGCCUAUAAAAACUUACGAAACAAAGAUAGUUGAUCCAGAAUCUGGAAAAGAAUUGACGGAACCUAUGGCGCUUGGUGAAUUGUGGAUCCGGGGACCUCUUUUCACUGAAUACUAUAGGAAUACAGAGGAGACCAAAAAGGCUAUCACUGAAGACGGAUUUUACAAAACUGGUGAUAUAUUUUAUAAGGAUGAUGCCGAUUGCUUCUAUUACGUCGAAAGGUUGAAGGUGCUCAUCAAAUACAGAAAUUACCACGUAGUUCCAGCUGAACUUGAAGAGCUGAUUCGUAAGCAUCCGUCAGUUCGCGAUGUUGCAGUGACGUCCGUACCACACGCUGAAGAUGGCGAACAUCCUGUGGCUUGCGUUGUCAAAGAAAUCGGAGCGAAUAUCAGCGCAAAGCAGAUCGUAGAAAUAGUCGCUGAUAAACUUUCCGAGGGUAAAAGGUUACGUGGAGGUGUGGUUUUCCUCGACGAGAUACCACUGACUUCAACGGGCAAAGUAGCUGCAAGAAAAUUAAAGCAAAUCGUACUGGAAUCUAGGAGAGAGCUUUGAAAAAAGUAAAUAAGUUUAUACCUAUCUAUGUAUAAUUUGCGAUAAUAAUAUUGCGAUAUUAGAUUUUAUGUUCGAAUUAGGUAAUUAAUUGGGGACGAAUGCGGAGGCUUAUAGGUCAGGGCUAUCUGCUCUCACUCUUUAAAAAUCAAAUUUUAGUUAUACGUACUUAUGUACCAAUACCAUCAGGGGGCCAUUCGCCUAACGGAAAUGCUUUGGAAAACGCUAACGCUUACGAUUUCAUUUUUUAUUUCUAGCCGCCUGAGAUUUUCA